GUUUGGAAUUUGACCUAGAUCAUAAGCUGUUUGGUCAACAUGUUGCCUCCAGAGUUAUCCUGAAAGCUGUAACGGGUUUCAUGAACAAUAAAAACCCUAAAAAGCCCCUGGUGCUUUCUCUACAUGGCUCGACUGGCACAGGGAAGAACUUUGCCAGCGAGCUGAUAGCUGAAAACAUCUAUAAGGAGGGCAUGGCCAGCAGUUUCAUCCACCAGUUUGUAUCUACAGUUCACUUCCCCCAUCAGAGAAAGAUUGAGAACUACAAAGUAAAUUGCUAUAAUUUUGUUAUUCCUUUACACAGUAAAGUAAUUUAAGUAUUAUUAGGAAGGAAAUUCACAGUAAUAAAAAGCUGUAAGAUAUAGGAUGUAAAUGUCUUUUGUGGCUGUGCUGGAAGUUAUUCUCCACAGCUCUAGAUAAGUCUGUUUAUACUGUUGUAUUCAUCCCCAUUCCCCAGUCAAAGCUGAAGCAGUGGAUCAAAGGCAACGUCACCAUCUGCCCACGCUCCAUAUUCAUCUUUGAUGAGAUGGACAAGAUGCAGCCAGGUCUGAUCGACAGUAUAAAGGCCUACCUGGACUACUACAAAAAUCUGGACGGGAUCUCCUACCGCCAUGCCAUCUUCAUCUUCCUCAGGUAGGGGAGACAGACCAGCGGUGUGUGUUUAAGAAAUCAUGUGUUGUUUUUUAUACUUUUAUACUAUCAUUUUUAAAACUGGAUCUAUAGUCAUCCAUUAUCCUAUCUUUACCAGUAUUCUAUUUAGCUGAAAGUCAGCUGUCAAUAAGAAAUCUAAUAAUGCGAAAUUAAAGUUUUUAUUUCUUAUGUCUUAAUAUUUACUGUGUGUUUAAGGCACUGCAUCGCAGUGCUUGAGGCUUCACUACAGCCCCGGGUUCGAUCCCAGGCUGUGUUACAGCCGGCUGUGACCGGGAGACCCAUGAGGCGGCGCACAAUUGGCCCAGCGUCGUCCGAGUUAGGGGAGGGUUUGGCAGGCCGGGAUUUCCUUGUCCCAUCGCGCUCUAGUGACUCCUUGUGGCGGGCCGGGUGCCUGCAAGCUGACUUUGGUCGCCGGUUGGACGGUGUUUCCUCCGACACAUUGGUGCGGCUGUCUUCCGGGUUAAGCGAGCAGUGUGUCAAGAAGCAGUGCGGCUUGGCAGGGUCGUGUUUCGGAGGACGCAUGGCUCUCGACCUUCGCCUCUCCCGAGUCCGUAGGGGAGUUGCAGUGAUGGGACAAGACUGUAACUACCAAUUGGAUAUCACGAAAAGGGGGUAGAAGUACCCCAAAAAAUAUUUACUGUGUGUUGAUCAUCUCCAUAGCAACGCUGGAGGAGAGAAAAUCAUGCAGGUGGCCCUGGACUUCUGGAGAGCAGGGCGAGACCGAGAGGAAAUGGAGCUGAAAGAUCUGGAAACAGCGCUCUCCCUGUCCGUGUUCAACAACAAGCAGAGUAAGACACCUGUUCACUACUGUAGAUGCACUGUUGUAACUCAUUCUCGUAUUUAACAAAUCAUGCAUUGAAAGAUCAAAUCACACGUGUGUCUAACGUUAAGAUCCGUCCCUUUUGGGUUUUUUAUCCUGGGUUUAGAAAACAGGAGGCUUUUUAGACCUCAAAUACAAAAAUCCCCAGUGUUCUUAUUUAUUCUGUCCAUCCAUGUUUCUUGUCCCUAACCCAUCUUAUGACUGUCUCACUCCAACCUCUCUCUCUCUUUAAAGGUGGGUUCUGGCACGCCAGUCUGAUAGACAAGAACCUGGUGGACUUCUUUGUCCCCUUCCUGCCUCUGGAGUACAAACACGUUCUGCUGUGUGGCAUGGCUGAGAUGGCCGCCAAGGGCCUGAAGCCCAACCAUGACGUGGCCGCCCAGAUGGCCAGAGAAAUGAUUUACACCCCCAAAACAGAGAAGCUCUUCUCCGUAAAGGGCUGCAAGACCAUCAGCAGCAAGCUGGACUACUACACA